UCCAUUUCCACUGAGAAUUUGAGAGAGAGUCGUAUUCCAAGGCGGUGUAAGCGACUCUGUGAGGAAAUACAAUUCAUAAAAGUCCUCCUUUUUUUUUUCUUUUUAACAGGAAAAACCCUAGCCAUGGUUGUUGGGUUUCGCGAACAUUUACAGUAACAAUUGUUGAAUUCGAUAGCCAAAGCUUGUGACUUUGCGGGAAAAUGAGCGACGAUGAUGGUAAUCGGAAUAGGAAUAAGAAUGGCCCGUGGACGCCGCCAAACAGACCCUACCAGGAGAGAGAGGAAGACAUGAAGAUUUGGGGAAUUCUGGUGUUUGGUCUAAUUGGCGCCACCGCCACAACUCUCGCGGUUUCACAGCUUCGUAGGACUGUUGAUUGGGUCUAUACUCAGUUGUUCAGAUCACAAUCAUCGUGGAAAGGAGGAAGCGGUAGUUCAUUCCGGACAUCCUUUCAGGAGGAAGCAUGGAAAAAAUAUAAUCGUCGCAUGCAAGAGGAGUAUGAGGAAGAACUGGAGAGAGUGGAACGUAUUAGGCGUAUGCAAAGUGUGUUCAAUAGAGAGAGGAACAAAUACAAAAGCAGCUAUGAGAGCUGGAGGGAAAAUGGUCAAGGUGCAUACCAUCAACAUUUCCAGCGAGAAGAUUGGUAUUGGAAAACUGAUACAUCCUUCAAAGACCGGAGGAAUAACUACAGGGAGACUCCUAGGGAAAAUGCAAGCUAUUUAUUAUCGCAUCACUACUCAAUAUUAGGCCUUGACAGGUUUAGAAAGGCACCUUACACGGAUGCUGAGAUUAAGACAGCGUUUAGGACCAAGGCAAAGCAAUUUCACCCAGAUCAAAACCAAGAUAAUAAAGAGGCUGCUGAAGCAAAGUUUAAAGAGGUAAUGACGUCCUACGAGGCCAUAAAGAAAGAGAGGGGAAACAUGAAUCUGUGAACCGGCUGAUACAGCCUGCGAUUUUUGAGACGUUGAAGGGUGCAGGGUUGUGCAGUAUUCAACAGGGCACUUCCACCUUUUCUUUGCAUUAUUAGUUAACAGCAAGAACAUAAUUCUGAGUAGAUUAAUCUUAGCCUUUUGAUAAAGAAUUUGAAAGUUCGUUCUUGAUGUUGUAUAUCAUAUGGCAAUAAUUGGUGAUUUUUUUUUAUACCCACAUAAAGUAAAGGCGGGAUUUGUAUUUGGAUUUUGGAGAA